AAGGUCGUACACUCUUCACUACCAAAGCAUCUUUCCUCACAACAAACUGAACUAGCUCUAGUGACGAAAUCAAGACAUGGGAAGCCUCAAGUCUCUUGUUAUCUUGGCUUUGCUUUUAUCCCUCACUCUCGCUGUUUUUGCUGACACGUCCAACGAUGCUUCUACAAAUGCUAAAAAUGAAGUGAAGCCAAGUGAAGCAACCGAUACCGUAGAGCCGCAGCAAUGGUGGCCGGGUGGUUGUAGGUUCGGGUGUUGCGGUGGCUGGGUGUUUGGACGGUGCAACUUCUGUUGUCGACGGCCACAAGCCGCUGAAGCCGUGGAAACCGAGGCUGUUGAGGCCAAUGAUGUUGAACCUCAGCAGCGGGGAGGUGGUGGUUGUAGGUACGGAUGUUGCGGAUCCUGGCGUUAUGGACGGUGCAGCUACUGUUGCCGAAGUGCUCAAGCCGAGGAGACCGUGGAAACCGAAGCUGUUGAGGCCAACGCUGUUGAACCUCAGCAGCGGGGAGGUGGUGGCUGUAGGUACGGAUGUUGCGGAUGGCGAGGUGGACGGUGCGCCUACUGUUGCCGAAGUGCUCAAGCCGAGGAGACCGGGGAAACCGAAGCUGUCGAGGCCAACUUUGUUGAACCUCAGCAGCGGGGAGGUGGUGGCUGUAGAUACGGAUGUUGCGGAUCCUGGCGUUAUGGACGAUGCACCUACUGUUGCCGAAGUGCUCAAGCCGAGGCUGAAGUUGUUAAGCCCCAACAACGUAGCAGAUGUAGGUAUGGUUGCUGUGGAAGCUACGCUUAUGGGCAGUGCAGUGCUUGCUGUUCCAAGAAAAUGGCUACUGAGGAAGCGGAGAAAAAGGAAGAAGCUAAGCCAUAAAAUGGUGUGUAACAUACAAACUCUAUAUAGCCCUUUUGUCACAAAAAAAAAAGAACACAUACAAACUCUAUGUUUGUAUGCAUGAUAUGUCAAUAUAAGGAAAAAAAAAUGUUGCUACGAGAAGGUCUAUAGCUCAAUAAAAAAAAAGUCCUAGGUUCAUAUAUAAUAUGUAUUUUGUUAUGUAGUGUUUUUUUGUCGACUGUUAUGUAGUGUUUUCCUCGUGAAGAUUAUAAUAAUAACUACGUUUUAAAAAUUAAA